CCUCCCCCAGUUUAAGUAAAUUUGACAGUUGGUUUGAAGCAGUGAAGACUGCGUACAAGUGAGACUGACUCAAAUCAAGAAGUUUCUGAAACAAAUAGAUGGUUGUGCCUUGGAAAGCAUUAGGGUAAUCUUCACGAUUCGGUUAGCCUUGUCUUGAGUUGCACUGCCAGCAACUUGCCACAAUUUUAACAGUUAUUGAUGACUACUUCAGAAGGUUUAAAAUUUUUUUGACAGACCUGGCCAAUGUGAUGAGUUGAAGCACCAUUUGGGUCCAAUUGUGUGCGUGCACAUACAGUACAUGUGUUCGGAACAUCAAGAUGGUCUCGUCGUCCAUUUCCGCACAGUCGUGUUUAUUUUCAUACAUAGAUGCUAGUAGAGCUUGGCCAAAUAAGGUUGACUGGCCUGGACACACACACACACAUACAUGCAAAUAAAAAUAAAUCCUCUUCUGGGAAAAGGCCCAAUUCUACACACCUAGUAUGUCAAUACUCCGAGGGAAAACGCAACAUUGAUUUUCCGAGUGUAAAACCAAAUGACGUAAUGGGUAAAUCAUUCCCAUACAAUGAACACUCAUGUCAUGUUUACCUCAAGUGGUCCACUUUUAGCAAGUGUGAGGCAGACAGUAGGCAGGAAGCCGAGACGAGGAGGAGUAGGGCGGGUGUGUGUAUCUCAUGCUUGGUCGAACAUGGGCCUCUAUUAACAAUGUGAGAUUUUUUUUUUUUUUUUACCUCUCCACCUUCAACAUGGGCCUACUUCUUCCCAUCUUGUACUCCUGUACAUGUGGCAGUCACUGAGUUAGCAAGGCUGCGGCAGAGUGAACCGUACCAGACACUUGGUUUUUAGCUGCAAGAUUCAUCGUCUCAUAUUCCGGGGGGGACAAAAGAAAUAUUUUGAUUUACUCUUUGGCAGCUCUUUUUUUCAGUUGCUGUCCUGCUCCAACUGAAAAAGGUGGAAUCGGGGGGAACAUUCCAUGAUGCCACUGUCAUGGGUAGUGCUCGUUUGGGUGAGUGGCACAUUUUUAUCUGGACUAAGCAUGUCACAUGACGAAGAUGUAGGGCUGGCGGAAAAAACAGCAACCAAAAAAAACAGGAUUCAAACCUGGAUGAAAUUACCAGAUUCUGGUGUGUCUUUCCUCGCAGUUGCGGAAAGAGGAGACGGUCACCUCCUGAUGCAGACAGAAGAGCAGCACCAGGACCCCCGAAACCUGAAGGCUGCUCGACAAAAGAGAGCAGCCUGGUGCAAGAGGAAACAUGCAGCCACAGUGGACUCCUUCGCAUAUAGAAUAGCAGGUUUGGGGCGACCCCUGGCGGGAUGGAGGAUGAACAAAAAAGGAGCAGAUGUGAGCAGCACCUUCAUGGCUGUACUGAAGGAGCUUCAUGCUGAGAAGAGGCGGCUAAUGGAUCCAGAGAAAGCACAGGGGAAGGAGGAGGAAGAUGAUGACGAUGACGACGACGAUGACGACGAUGACGAUGACGACGACGAUGAUGACGACGAUGAUGACGACGACGAGGAGGAAGAAGAAGAAGAUGAGGAGGAAGAGGAAGAGGAGGAGGAAGAAGGAGCAGAAGAAGGGGAAGAAGAGGAAGGCGAGGAGGAGGGAGGAGAAGAAGAGUCAACUCAAGCUCCCAGCAACCAGACUGAAACAAACAACAUCUCGCCUGAGUCUCGGUGUCAGACUGACAAGAGCGAAAUCAGCUGCAGGGACGUGGGCAUGACUCGCCUGCCAAUCAUCCGCAACCCGGAGGCCACCAAGCUGGAUGUGGGAGAGAACAACAUCAGAGUCAUUCCUCCGGACAUUUUCUCUGGCCUGCCAAAACUGGAAGAGCUGGACUUGAGCAAAAACCAGCUGGAUGAUGAUUCAUUCAGCCGAAACCCGCUGUCUAACUUGACCGCUGUGAAGAAGCUGAACUUAGACGGCAACCGGCUCACAAUGAUCCCAACGCUGCCACCGUCGCUCGAAGAACUGAGCGUGAACAGCAACGAGCUCCAUACCCUCGCACCUCACGGGUUCACAGGUUUGCUGAACCUCUUGAACCUGGAACUGGAAGGGAACGGUCUGCACGAGGGCGGCGUGUCGCCGAAAGCAUUCAAACCUCUCAAGAGGCUUCUUCACCUCAAGCUGGAGAAAAACCGUUUCCGCUCUCUCCCCCAGGGUCUUCCCCGCUCUCUGCAGACAUUAAAAAUGGCUGAGAAUCUGAUAGGGCAGUUGACGGAAGAGGCACUGAGGGGCUGCGGUCAUUUGGAAACGCUUGACCUCGGUCAUAACCUCCUGCGUGAUGAAGGCCUUUCCGAACUUGUCUGGACACGCCUUAGAAGACUCGAAGCCCUCGAUCUCUCUUCCAACCAGCUGACAUCUGUGCCCAUGAAUCUGCCUCGCCGUCUCCUAAAACUGAACGUCCAACAAAACAACAUCAGCUGCAUCCCCGCUCUCAUCUUUGGCCACCUGCGGCCUGGACUGCAGUCACUUCGUCUAUCCCACAACGCCUUGAGGAACGAGGGUAUUGAGCGGGGGUCUUUUGUCGGAACGUUCCGCUCGCUUGCUGAGCUCCUGUUGGACGACAACCAUCUGGGGGAGGUCCCUCAUUGGGUUCGACAGUUUAAGAACCUGCAAGUCCUGAGGCUGGACAACAACUACAUCAGGCUGCUGAGGCAGUGGGGUGUGUGUCAUCCCCGUAAUUCUGGCUCCACCUUGGCUUCAGUCCACCUAGAAAAUAACCUGCUGGUGCCCGAGAAGAUUCCCUCAAAUGUCUUCAAUUGUCUUACGGACACUCAGGGACUCGUUAUCUAUCCGCAACGGGAGGAUUUUCCAGAAAUCUAGAUGUCAACAUGAUCUCACCAGUAUUAAGGAUGAAACCGUAGGAAAAGUUAAACGUGCUAAGAAUGAACAAUUUUCAACAACUUGACACACUCCGAAAACAAACUUGCUCUGGGUGGAAGCCAAUAUUUUGCCAUGAUAAUGUUGACAUAUUUUCAAAGCAGGUCAUGUCAAGAGGUCAACGUGUAUUCCAUAAUUGCAGUUUUUUUACACCUCCCAAAUUGUUUAAUAAGCGGGGAGUAUCACCUGUUUGUCCUUGUCCGCUUUCGUUCAUUCUAUUCGGUUCAUUGUUGUUGUGUGUGUGUGUGUGUUUGUUCUUUGUGAUCUUUUGCACCUGUGCUCCUUGUUUUUUAAAUGUUUUAAUUUUUUUUAAUUAUUUUUUGGUGAAUAAAUCUCCUUUGAUGAGACCGCCUGACUGUGCCACCACUUUCUUUUUUUUUUUGCAUUUGGGUCCCGUGCCUGAUGCCUCAAUGUUGACAUAGCACUAAUAAAAUUGGGACUUACCGUAUGUGGGUGAAAGCUCAAAAGCGAAAGGCAUUUUAAUAUUCUUGACUUCAGCACUAACUCAAGUGGAAUCUCCUUUUUAUCGAAUCAUUACUGGUACGCUGUCCAAUGAAAUGACAUGCAUUUGUUCACAGUGUAAUUAGCCGACAUAUACGCUCCAUCCAAUAAAUACCACGUGGUCAUUGGCAGCUCUGCAAA